AUGCUGUCAGAUGGAAGACGUCGACCUCGCACGACUACAAAGACAAAUCGAACUUGGGCGGUGUCGUGAGUUUUCUUAUGGAAGAGUAGGAAUAAAGAUGAUAUUGAGUGUGGUCAGAGAAAUUCAAAAAUUGUGCAAAAUUUCUUGUUCUUUAGGUAGUUGGUAAAAAAAUUGUACGAACUCAAAAGAGAAGGACAAAAGACAAACUAUUAUCUGAAAUCAGCCUCUCUAGAACUUUCAAGCUGUACAGAUUUUCAUUGAAUUCUAAUUUUUUCAAAUAUGAGACCAAUAACAAAUCGAAUUUCAAUUGCACACUGGUAAGUGUCUCUAAGGUUAUGUCGGGUUCAAAGGAUUCUGCGCAAUAGGGAUGAAAAAUGAGUUUUGAUUGUCAGAAACAGAAAUGGCCGAAUAAAAAUUUUGGAACGCGUUAAAAUACUUAAAAAGGGGUAAUUUGGAUACUUUCCACACUUGGCUACGAGUUUUCUGAUUAGUAAUUAAAAUAAUUGCUUAGUUCCGUCGAAAACCGAGUUGAACGGAUAUUUAGACAGAAUAACUUUUCGUAGUCAUUGUAACAUUGAAAAGCUAAAUUGAAAAACAUUCUGUUAUAAUCAAUUUCGAGACAAGCUCAACACUAAGAUUUAAUGUGAAGUAUAGCCAAAACAGAGCGGAAAAAAACGAUGAAUUGACCGCAAUCCUGGAAAAAAAUGGUAUUUUAUUAUAUUUUUCUAUGUUGAAAGUUUAAGGAGAUUAGUCUUUCGACACAAUCAACAGUAAGAUUAAUGAUGAAAAAUCUACCAAAAAAAUAUAUAUAUAGCACACUGAAUUGACUGCGAAUUGCCGCAAAUUUGACUUUUUCGAUGGAUUUUUUUCAUAAUUUGAAUUGAUUUUAAUUGUACGUAUGUUCAGGCAAAGGCUCUGUGAGUUGAAUUUUUAAUUUUAAAAACAUAUUCAAACUUCAAUAUAUCAGAACCGGUCUAUAAAGAUGUCGACCACAAAAAAAUUAAGCGACGAAAAACUGGCCAAUGUGGUUCCCGAGUCGUUGCGGAAACCUUUAGCCGGCAAAUAUAUUGAUUUUUUUCUCAUCUAUUAAUUUUUUUCCUACAUUUAGAUUGAGUAAUAGACAUGAAUCUAACAUAAGAAUAUUAGUUUUCAUAAGUCUUAGCGAUUUCUACGUGGAAACGGUAAGCGGCGGAUGAAAUUCCGCAUACACCGAUUAGGAAGAUUGCAGACAGCCGCUCUUCCUCUGCUCUCGUUGCGCUCAUUUUUCACUCUUAUUUUUUCGUUUUUUUUUCUUUUUUGUUUCUGAUUUUUGUUUCAAAACAUACCCACGUCUUGUUUUGAACGUUGUUCACUGUAUUUUCAACAGAAAGGCGUUUCAAAUAAGGCGAAUGAUGCAAAAACGUGUCAUUUUCGAUGUUUUUUGCGGUUUUCUGAGUAGAUUUUGCUUCUAACGUUGACCAAGUUGUCUCAUAAGCAACACAUGGAGUAGUUUAAGCACUUUUGAACUGUUUCCUACGUUUAAAUACGAAUACCCAACUAUUUUUGCAUUGAAAACACAAAAACCUUGGAUUAUAUCUCGUUUUUCAGUCAUUAAUGUGUCUCAAAAUCGACUUGCCAGCUAUUUUCUUCUUUUUUCGAUGAAUUUUCUUUUUAUUAAACUAUCUUAUUUGUAUUUUAUUCUUCUCUCUGUUUUCCAUAUAAAAUAUUUUUUGCGGAUUCGAUUUCUCCUUUACCAAUUUUUGCUCGUUGUCUCGUCGUAACUUGUUUCUUCACGACUAACAGUUCUAAAUGUAAAAAUUUUUCAGCGCGCUCAACAUGUCUGGAGUUUUUUUGUUUUCGACGACGAGUUCGACAAAUUGUGCCCAGUUCCUGGUAGCUUGAAAUAAAUGAGGUAAUCAAAUUUUUCUUAAAGUUCUUUCAUAAACUUGAAAUAAAGAUAAAUAUUCGAUUAUAGAUUAUCUGUCUUCUCAUCAAAAAAACAAACUUCCUAUUAAAUCACUAUUUUUUUUCAGCCCUCGUCGAUAUUCGCCUUUCACUCCCUGAAAGCAAAUGUAAGAAAAAUAAAACUCCAGGAAAAAUGAUUAACAUGGAAUUUGCAGGUCGAAAAAGUUGAUCACUGACGCCGUCUCAGUCUUCAAGCAACAGCCCAGGAGAGAGGUUAGCAAGAUUGUAAUUAUGUGGGAAAUCAGGCUUUUUUGCAGGCGUCGGAUUUUGUCGGGCUCCCAGUUCCACAUGGUGCCGCUUCCGACGAAGUUCUCGCUCCGGUUAAUGUUGAGUCGCCGGUAAGCCUCCAAGUUUUCUUUUUAAAAGUGCAUAAAAAGCAGGAAACCUACAAAAAACAGAGAUUUCCAGAGAAUGCAAAGCUAUAUUUAUUAUCUGAUAAUCUUCCUCUUAAAAUCACAUUGUUCCCACUCAAAUUCAUAUGAAUCAACACGAGUUUCAGAUUUGGACGGCAGUCACUUCGACUCCUCGUCUCGCCGCUGGGAUCGACGAGUGGAGUCCGAACGGCAUGGUGAGUUGCGGAACAUUUUCAUGCAAAAAAUCGUGUUUAUUCAUUAUUGAACUUCCUUUUUUAGAUGACUACCAAGAACUUCUUGUUGGGAACUCUCGAGUUGUUUGAGGCGGAAGCUUCAGUCUCGCACUCAGAAACCCAGAACGCCCCGCUCAAUGAAAAGGUUGGUUUUAUAAAAGAAAAUCGAGUGAUGAAAAAAGCUCAGAAAAAGUUCCUUACUAAGGCGCGUGUAGUUUUUGAGAACGUUUAAAAAAGCUUUCGAGGUAAAAUUUCAACUGCUUAUUUCAGAAGAAAAUUAAGUCGCGCAUAAACCUCGGAGAGAUCGUGGUGUCUGGACAAAGUCCAGUACGUCUUGUGUCUGAGAAGCCAGAGAAUUUUGUAAGUUUUUAUUUCUUCACUAUCAGCGGACGAAACGAGUUUCAGACUGCUCAGUCAAUUGUCGUCCCAUUCACUACUCUCAACAGUCCGCGUUUCAUUGUCAGUCCUAUUUCCUUCGACGGCCCGGUCACUGAACAUUCCGAUCUGAGCGUGAGUUUUGACAAAGAAACAGAGAAUGAUUGCAGAAAAAAAGUACGGAAAUUUUUUCGCUCGUAAGCUCUUUAAAUAAGAUUUCCGUGGAGGUAUUUAUAUUAAUCGCUUGAUUUAAAUGGAAAAUGCACACCUUACUUUUGUUUCUGUCUUUCCAUUAUGUCUUCCACGGAAUGUUGAAGAAAGUGAUCAGAAAUAUCUAAGAAGAACAGAAAAAGUUUUCUGUUACAACCAGCAAACCCAAAAAAGAAAAUUUAUAAUCAGUCAUUUUUCAGAACUCCAUCCCGUCUUGUUCGACCAGCCCCCCCGUCCUCCCCCCAGCCGAAUCUGAAAUAUUUAGCAACAUCACAAUUACACGCGGUCGUCAAACGGUGAGUUGAAAGAGAUUCGAUUUCAAAACCAAAUCAAGAAAAAGCACGAAUCAAAAUCAAGUUAUUAUUUUGCAGCGUCCUUUUGAGGACGAAACUUAUGUCAAUACAGAAGAAUACUUCACUCCCAUGUUUCGCCGCAAUCGUCCACUUGGCCAAAAGGUGAGUAAAUGAACUUGGAGUCGUGGUGAAUAUUAAAAUGAAAUAGAACACUCCUCCGUUAGUCGAAUCUUUCAAGUACUACGAAAAAUAAAGACGAAUGAUUUCCUUGCAGGUGAGGAUCUCUCCGCCUGACGCCGCUUUGUUCCAUCGAGCGGGCUAUAAUCCAGUGGAUACCAUUUACCGAAACCAAGUUUGAAUUUCUCUCGUAAACUGACAGCAGAAUCUUUUUUCAGAACUUUAAUAACCGACAGAAACGCGAGUACGCCAAGCAGAUGAUCCUGCAGAAAGCUCGCGAAAGUCGCGCUGAUCAAAAAAAUCUUUCGUCACUCAAAUGA